ACCUCGCCUUGUCCCUAUUUUCCAUGGGUUUUGUGACAUUUUUCCAGGGAGUGUUUGCUGGUAGCAAGUGCGUUCCCAAAUUACCUGUAACAAGACAGGGUCUUUUCUCCUCUUAUUUACCCUUGUCAUGUACUGACACUGGGAAGUAUUACAGACAGAAACAGAAGAACAGGCCUUUGUGCUCUAGACCUUGUAAACAACAGUUUUCCUGGCAGAAUAAGUGCAUUCACAUGUUCAUUCUCAGUUUGGCCAAUUGACUCCUUGAUCCCAAGCUUCAUGAAUUCUCUUGGAACUCCAAUAAUGUGACCUCCAUUUGGUUAUAUACACACAGUCCCCAAGUUACAGACAUCCAACUUAAAACAAGUCAUAGUAAAGAACAAGGGUGAGACAACAGGAAGUGAGAGAAAUCUACCCCUUGGAAGGGAAAUUCACUCCUGAAAGAGUUAUCAUGGGGAAAAGGUGUCUCCAUUGAAGCUUUCUCACCAAUCCUUGUUUCUACAAGUCAAAUUUAUCAAAAUCCAGUGAUCACAGGGACAAAAAGUGAGAUGAAAUCUUCUGAACAGGAGCACAGACAGCAAAACCAACACCACAGGGGUGUUAACCCUUCCCAAUGCUAUCCAAAACUCAUAUACAUACGUAUAUAGGCUGGAAUCACACUUAAAAUUUACCUGCUCUGACUUACAAACAAAUUCAACUUAAGAGCAAACCUACACAACCUAUCUUGUUUGUAACCUGGGGACUCCCUGUAUAUGGUUAGUCCUAGAUGCCUUUGGUCACACCUCAUGUCAGAGCUGGAUGGCCUGCAACACCUCUAAAAAUGUGGCAAAACUAUCCAUUCUCCCACUACACUUCUAUAGUGUGGCUUAGUGGGUUGCGUAUUGGAGUAUGACUGUGGAGAUCAGGGUUCGAAUCCCUGCUCAGCAAUGAAAUCCCACUGGGCAAAUCACGCACGCUUAACCUCAGUAAACACAAUGAUAGGUUCAACUCAGGGUUGCCAUACGAUAUGAUUUCAGAACACACAGCAACCAUCUCCAGGGCCCCUUGGGGGAAUUGGGAGGGUAAUUUUCCUCCUAUAUAGUGGAUAGUGACUGGGGACAUCAAAAACAGCAUUGUGAGCAAGAUGACUGUUAAAAGAAAAGAUUGUUCAUGCCAGCUUUGCAUAGUCAUUCAUAUAAUUGGUUGGGAAGGAUAUUUAUAUCCUACCUUGUAACUAUCCUGUAACCGAAUGUGAAGGAAUUCUUCUGUUUGAGGUACUAUGCUAAAUGUGCUAAUAGGUCAAGCUGACAGUGAGAUGAGGUUAAAGACUUGAUUAACCCAAAGACAAAAUGCUACCAACUUUUGUGUCUGGAGGCUCAAUUUAUGAGAUGACUAACAUUGAGGUAGAAGUAUUGUGGAGUACCUGGCUUGCCUACUGAAACUUUCCUACUUUCUGGGCCAUUCCAGCAGUGUUAGCCCUGAUCCUUGCUCUCUCUGUGUUAAUAAUAAGAUGCAAGUAUUGCCAAAUUGUGUAGAUUAUUGAUGAGUGGUAAGAAAAAAGCUGAUAAUUUAAACUAGCUCAUUCUCCACACAGGUUAAAUGUUUUAGUUAGCCCAGGCAGGGGCAAACUUCGGUCCUCCGGGUGUUUUGGACCGCAAUCACUACAAUUCUUAACAACCCACUGACUGUUAGGAAUUGUGGGAGUUAAAAGUCCAAAGCACCUGAAGUUUGCCCAUGCCUGAGUUAGACUGUCCGCUGGGAAGGUUGAAGCUGCGUAUUUGAAGAACCUCAUCAGGUCUUGCUCACUGCUUGCUUUUGUUGUUGUUUUUGGGAAGGGUAUCAACCUUUAAUUUACAUUCCAUGGUCAGCCUCCCUUCAAAUAAACACCGAGUCCACUCUUUAAAAGAAGAAGUGAACUACAGGAGUAUGUGUAGCUUCCUGUCACAUUCUUGUGAAACCUGCUAGACAGUUUCUCCGGGGCCUCAUUUUGCAAGAUGAAAGGAUAAAGGAAGGAGGCAGUUCUGUAGGAAGCUCUCAUCUAUUCCAGGUAAUCCAACAAAGCAGAGAGGCAGUUCUUCAGGAAGCUGUCAUUUGUUCCAGGGUAUGCAUUUGUAAACCAACUAGGAAAAGCCGCAGAAGAGACGUUGGCUUAUUACAUCCGCCAUGAUUGUGAAUGGAGUUAUGUGUAUCUGCCUCACCUUCUGCCUUGGAGCCACUGAACACUUGCAAGAGCAUAACUGGGAACAAACGACUGCCAGGCCCAUCGUCCAGCAUGAACCAUUUGUUGUAGUGUGGAAUUUGCCCACAGUUAGAUGUCAAGAGCGCUUUGGGAUUACUUUGCCCCUUGGGGUGUAUGGCAUUGUUGAGAACAAAGACAAUGUGUUUCGUGGGCAAAACAUGACUAUUUUUUACAAAAAUCAGUUUGGACUCUAUCCCUACAUCUCUGAAGAAGGUGAAUUGCAUAACGGGGGAAUACCCCAGAACGUUCCUCUGGAAGAACACCUGGAGAAGUCUUCAAAGGAAAUUGCAGAGCUCUUGAACCAUGGUUUCCAGGGUCUGGCGGUGGUUGACUGGGAGGAAUGGAGGCCACUCUGGAGACAAAACUGGGGAUCCAAAAAAGUGUACAGGGAGGCCUCUGAACAGUGGGUAUUGGGAAGAUUUCCCAACCUCUCCCCACAGGAACAAUCUUACUUUGCUGAGAUAGAAUUUGAGCGUGCAGCUCGAAUGCUCAUGGAAACCACACUAAAUAUGGGUAAAGAACUGAGGCCCCAGGGAUUUUGGGGCUUCUACCGAUUUCCCGAGUGCUUCAAUGACAACUGGGAGAAAGAGGAGAAUUACACAGGACACUGCAAUCCUAAGGAGGUCCAGUGGAACGACCGGCUCAUGUGGCUGUGGAAAGUCUCCUCGGCUUUGUACCCCAGCAUCUACCUCCCACCGAAGCUCCCACCAUCCUACCGCCAGAGUUUCAUUCACCACCGGCUCAGAGAGGCCUUGCGGGUGGCACAGUUUGGCCCCAAGCAGCCCCUCCCAGUCAUAGCCUAUUCCAGAGUCUCCUACAGACUCUCUUCAAGGUACCUGGAAGAGGAUGACCUGAUGUAUACUAUUGGAGAGAGUGCAGCGCUUGGAGCGGCAGGGGUUGUACUCUGGGGUGAUCUUUCCUAUUCUCAGUCAGUUGAAAGCUGCUGGAGCCUUCAACAUUACAUCACCUCCAUACUGGGGCCGUACGUCAUAAAUGUCACCACAGCAGCACGCCUGUGUAGCCACCAGCUCUGCCACGGGAAUGGACGUUGUGUGAGACGGCACCCCAGUGACCUAGGAGCCUUCCUCCACCUGGACCCAGAAGUAUUGGAUGGGGAGAAGGAUUUCCUGCACCAGGAAGGGCUGUCAUGGGAGCCAUUUCAGUGUCGCUGCUAUCCUGAAUGGACCGGUGUGCGGUGUCAGGAACCACAAUGGACAGAGCCUGACAAAGGGCCAGAGUACAACACAAAUUCACCGUAUUAUAAUAUUUAUGAUGCAGCAUAUGAUAGCAAUGUUAUCAUGAAAUCAAACAUCUGUCCUCCCCCCAUUUAA